AUGGUUCAUUAUCAUAUCCUUAUCAACCCCACAGGGAAGAAGGGUAAAUUCUGUGGGGUUGACUGGUGCAUGGAGCUAAAUAAUCUAUUCACAAAGGUGAUCAAUGGAGGCAAGGGCUCAAACCGCACAGUAGCAUGCAUCAUAUUGGAGUUUCCACUAGUGCAAAUAUACCAUAACCUGCACAGCAAUUUUCAAAGCAAUUUCUUGCACAACAACCUCUCAGCACAACAUGGUGAAUCAAACAUGGCAAAAACUUUUCAAGCACUAUGUACAUACAUGGCUGGGCAUUCUGCCAAUGAAGUGAAACAUGGAAGGAAGAGUCACCAUAAGGUCCCUGACCUCCUUGCAAAGGGACAGGAAUUGAUGAGUGCCAGGGAUGGAGCAGACACAGAGGACAGAGCGGAAGAGGGAGCUAUGGAUGUGGAUGUGGACAUGGACGAUGUCUGA